AUGUCGAAGGCAUUCGAUAAAGUGAAUCACACGAAGAUGAUCGAUAAACUCCGUAGUUUUGGAUUCAACGGUGGCUUGCUUUCUUGGUUCCAGUCCUAUCUUCGCCAUCGUCGACAAAAAGUGACAGCGUUAGGAUCAACGUUAGGAUCAACGUCGACGCCCGUGACAUCUGGAGUACCACAAGGAUCUAUCUUGGGUCCAAUCCUGUUUCUGCUUUACGUCAAUGAUCUACCCGAUACGAUAUCCUCGUCUACAAUUGCAACUUUUGCAGACGAUACCAAAUUGUUCCAAUGCAUAUCGUGUGAAGCAGACAGCUCUCUCUUACAAGAAGAUCUGACCAACAUAAACAAUUGGUCAUCGUCUUCUGAUCUUAUGUUUAAUCAGUGUAAAUGUAAAGUUCAGACAAUAUCGCGUAAACAAAAGCCCAUUAUGGCCUCAUACUCCAUGGGAAAUACACAGCUCGACCACUGUUUCCAAGAACGUGACCUUGGAGUAUGGAUCUCGUCUGAUCUAUCGUGGAAGAAGCAGGUAGAAUCGCAGAGUACAAAAGCAAACCAGAUCUUGAGGUACGUAAAAAGAACAACAAAAAAUUUAAAGUCUCUCACAACAAGACGAACAAUCUAUGCUCAUCUUGUUUACGCGCUCAUCUUGCUUACGCGACGCAAAUCACGUGCUCAUCUUGGUUACGCGACGCAAAUCGAUCUGGGCGUCUCAAACUGUGGAGCAAAUAAGAAAGAUUGAACGGGUUCAGCUACGUGCAACUAAAUAUAUUCUCCAUCUGCCAUUUAACUCCGACGUCUCAUACAAAGACAGACUAAUUCAAUGUAACUUAAUUCCAUUAACUUACUGGCAUGAGUACUUAGACAUGGUCUUUUUCUUCAAACUAACAAACAAUAUUAUCCAUGUGAACAAUACUUUCCUACCGAAAUCAAAGAAAUCUGAGAGAUCAACAAGAUAGUCGCGUAAUGCGGUUGGUACUACCUUCAAAGAGCAACGAUACAGAACAUCAACGUACAGCAGAUCUUACUUAUUAAUACGAUCAACACGGACAUGGAACGCACUACCGAAAGAAAUAACCCAAAACCACAACAAAUCUUCUCUUGCCACCUUCAAGAAUAUUCUGAACGAAUACUACUACUCCGCUCUUUCCUCAACUUUCGACCCUGACGACCCACGUACAUGGAAGACAACCUGUGUCAAUGUAACUGUGUUCGAAGUUUGCUGGUUCCCCCUUCUUGUUGUUUUUGAACCUCGCGUAACUGAUUAUUUAUAAAUUAUAUAAUUCAAUUCACUUUCAAACAGGAUUUGUCAAGAGGUUUACUUUAUUUUUAACAACGUUUCGGACAGUUUUACUGUCCGUCUUCAGGUUAUUACAACUUUGUAAAUGUUGACGUGUACAAACUUAAUCUUAUCCAUGUGAACAAUACUAUGGAGUUUGUACACGUCAACAUUUACAAAGUUGUAAUAACCUGAAGACGGACAGUAAAACUGUCCGAAACGUUGCUAAAAAUAAAGUAAACCUCUUGAAAAAUCCUGUUUGAAAGUGAAUUGAAUUCUAUAAUUAAUGAUGACCAAAGGUGAAAGUUUUAGAAAAAUACUUUGAUUAUUUAUAUUUUGGUGCAACCAGGACCUUUUCAUACUAGGUAAUUCCAGAUCGCGGCUGUGGACAGGCAUCUUCCAGGUUAUUUUCAAACUGGAUUGUGUGUAAAUUUCAGUCACUGUGUUUUUUAGGCUUUUUCAUAUCCAUGCUAUUACAUUGUAUGGAAAGGUUUUGCUUUUACCAAUGGUAAAAUAUAUUUUUAUAAGUAAGUGUUUGAUUGCUUGAUCUCUUGGUUGGUUGAUUAGAUCACGUCAAUUGAACAGUUCGUUAAUUGAUUGAUUGAUUUUAUUAUUUAGUCCUUUUCCGUUUACUGUUCAGUAAACUUAACUAAUUUAUCGAAUAUUGUGAAGAAGGAUCCGCAGUAAUUGGCUGUAGCUGCUGCGGAUAUCCUGCCUUGUUUAUAUAUAUAUAGUAAUUUGAUGUUUCUUCUCAAUAUUGUUAUCAAGGCAAAGUUAGAUAAAUUAAAUUAAAUUAAUUUUUUGUAUUUAAUAAGAAAACGAAAAUACGAAUUAAUAUAAUUUAAUUUUCUUCUUUAAAAUUAUGUUUUGUUAAUACAUUGGAAUUCAUCAUAAAAUAGGCUGUUGCCUCGUGCACUUAGAAGAGACACUGGGACUCCCAUUUCAUUUAUUAUUCGUUCACUAAAUUACUUAAAACAUAGAUACAAAAUGCGCAAGAAAUUCCAAAAAUGUGUAAAUUAGAUGCUACUUUUUAAUACAUUUGGGAAAACUAUAGGUUUAUGAUAUGUUGACAGAGCUACGAACUCACAGCUAUGGAUUGCUAGGUUGCAGAUGCGAGUUCGAAUACGCAGGUAG